AUCCGGGAGCAGACUGGAUGGCCAAUCCAGAGCCCCGAGAGACGCUUGGCUCUUUCUGUCCCUCCCUUCCUCUGACUGUACCUUGAUUUCGUAUUCUGAGAGGCUGUUGCUUAGCGGUAGCCCCUUGGUUUCCGUGGCAACGGAAAAGCGCGGGAAUUACAGAUAAAUUAAAACUGCGACUGCGCGGCGUGAGCUCGCUGAGACUUCCUGGACCGGGGACAGGCCAUGGGGUUUCUCAGAUAACUGGGCCCCUGAGCUGAGGAGGCCUUCACGCUCUGCUCUGGGUAAAGUUCAUUGGAACAGAAAGAAAUGGAUUUAUCUGCUGUUCGCGUUGAAGAAGUACAAAAUGUCAUUAAUGCUAUGCAGAAAAUCUUAGAGUGUCCCAUCUGUCUGGAGUUGAUCAAGGAACCUGUCUCCACAAAGUGUGACCACAUAUUUUGCAAAUUUUGCAUGCUGAAACUUCUCAACCAGAAGAAAGGGCCUUCACAGUGUCCUUUAUGUAAGAAUGAUAUAACCAAAAGGAGCCUACAAGAAAGUACGAGAUUUAGUCAACUUGUAGAAGAGCUAUUGAAAAUCAUUUGUGCUUUUCAGCUUGACACAGGUUUGCAGUAUGCAAACAGUUAUAAUUUUGCAAAAAAGGAAAAUAACUCUCCUGAACAUCUAAAAGAUGAAGUUUCUAUCAUCCAAAGUAUGGGCUACAGAAAUCGUGCCAAAAGACUUCUACAGAGUGAACCCGAAAAUCCUUCCUUGCAGGAAACCAGUCCCAGUGUCCAACUCUCUAACCUUGGAACUGUGAGAACUCUGAGGACAAAGCAGCGGAUACAACCUCAAAAGAAGUCUGUUUACAUUGAAUUGGGAUCUGAUUCUUCUGAAGAUACGGUUAAUAAGGCAACUUAUUGCAGUGUGGGAGAUCAAGAAUUGCUACAAAUCACCCCUCAAGGAACCAGCGAUGAAAUCAGUUUGGAUUCUGCAAAAAAGGCUGCUUGUGAAUUUUCUGAGACAGAUGUAACAAAUACUGAACAUCAUCAACCCAGUAAUAACGAUUUGAACACCACUGAGAAGCGUGCAACUGAGAGGCAUCCAGAAAAGUAUCAGGGUAGUUCUGUUUCAAACUUGCAUGUGGAGCCAUGUGGCACAAAUACUCAUGCCAGCUCAUUACAGCAUGAGAACAGCAGUUUAUUACUCACUAAAGACAGAAUGAAUGUAGAAAAGGCUGAAUUCUGUAAUAAAAGCAAACAGCCUGGCUUAGCAAGGAGCCAACAUAACAGAUGGGCUGGAAGUAAGGAAACAUGUAAUGAUAGGCAGACUCCCAGCACAGAAAAAAAGGUAGACCUGAAUGCUCAUCCCCUGUGUGAGAGAAAAGAAUGGAAUAAGCAGAAACUGCCAUGCUCAGAGAAUCCUAGAGAUACUGAAGAUGUUCCUUGGAUAACACUAAAUAGCAGCAUUCAGAAAGUUAAUGAGUGGUUUUCCAGAAGUGACGAACUGUUAGGUUCUGAUGACUCACAUGAUGGGAGGUCUGAAUCAAAUGCCAAAGUAGCGGAUGUAUUGGACGUUCUAAAUGAGGUAGAUGAAUAUUCUGGUUCUUCAGAGAAAAUAGACUUAUUGGCCAGUGAUCCUCAUGAGGCUUUAAUUUGUAAAAGUGAAAGAGUUCACUCCAAAUCAGUAGAGAGUAAUAUUGAAGACAAAAUAUUUGGGAAAACCUAUCGGAGGAAGGCAAGCCUCCCCAACUUAAGCCAUGUAACUGAAAAUCUAAUUAUAGGAGCAUUUGUUACUGAGCCACAGAUAAUACAAGAGCGUCCCCUCACAAAUAAAUUAAAGCGUAAAAGGAGAGCUACAUCAGGCCUUCAUCCUGAGGAUUUUAUCAAGAAAGCAGAUUUGGCAGUUCAAAAGACUCCUGAAAUGAUAAAUCAGGGAACUAACCAAAUGGAGCAGAAUGGUCAAGUGAUGAAUAUUACUAAUAGUGGUCAUGAGAAUAAAACAAAAGGUGAUUCUAUUCAGAAUGAGAAAAAUCCUAACCCAAUAGAAUCACUCGAAAAAGAAUCUGCUUUCAAAACAAAAGCUGAACCUAUAAGCAGCAGUAUAAGCAAUAUGGAACUCGAAUUAAAUAUCCAUAAUUCAAAAGCACCUAAAAAGAAUAGGCUGAGGAGGAAGUCUUCUACUAGGCAUAUUCAUGCGCUUGAACUAGUAGUCAGUAGAAAUCUAAGCCCACCUAAUUGUACUGAAUUGCAAAUUGAUAGUUGUUCUAGCAGUGAAGAGAUAAAGAAAAAAAAAUACAACCAAAUGCCAGUCAGGCACAGCAGAAACCUACAACUCAUGGAAGAUAAAGAACCUGCAACUGGAGCCAAGAAGAGUAACAAGCCAAAUCAACAGACAAGUAAAAGACAUGACAGCGAUACUUUCCCAGAGCUGAAGUUAACAAAUGCACCUGGUUCUUUUACUAACUGUUCAAAUACCAGUGAGCUUAAAGAAUUUGUCAAUCCUAGCCUUCCAAGAGAAGAAAAAGAAGAGAAACUAGGAACAGUUAAAGUGUCUAAUAAUGCCAAAGACCCCAAAGAUCUCAUGUUAAGUGGAGAAAGGGUUUUGCAAACUGAAAGAUCUGUAGAGAGUAGCAGUAUUUCAUUGGUACCUGGUACUGAUUAUGGCACUCAGGAAAGUAUCUCGUUACUGGAAGUUAGCACUCUAGGGAAGGCAAAAACAGAACCAAAUAAAUGUGUGAGUCAGUGUGCAGCAUUUGAAAACCCCAAGGAACUAAUUCAUGGUUGUUUCAAAGAUACUAGAAAUGACACAGAAGGCUUUAAGUAUCCAUUGGGACAUGAAGUUAACCACAGUCAGGAAACAAGCAUAGAAAUGGAAGAAAGUGAACUUGAUACUCAGUAUUUGCAGAAUACAUUCAAGGUUUCAAAGCGCCAGUCAUUUGCUCUGUUUUCAAAUCCAGGAAAUCCAGAAGAGGAAUGUGCAACAUUCUCUGCCCACUCUAGGUCCUUAAAGAAACAAAGUCCAAAAGUCACUUUUGAAUGUGAACAAAAGGAAGAAAAUCAAGGAAAGAAUGAGUCUAAUAUCAAGCCUGUACAGACAGCUAAUAUCACUGCAGGCUUUCCUGUGGUUUGUCAGAAAGAUAAGCCAGUUGAUUAUGCCAAAUGUAGUAUCAAAGGAGGCUCUAGGUUUUGUCUAUCAUCUCAGUUCAGAGGCAACGAAACUGGACUCAUUACUCCAAAUAAACAUGGACUUUCACAAAACCCAUAUCAUAUACCACCACUUUUUCCCAUCAAGUCAUUUGUUAAAACUAAAUGUAAGAAAAACCUGCUAGAGGAAAACUCUGAGGAACAUUCAAUGUCACCUGAAAGAGAAAUGGGAAACGAGAACAUUCCAAGUACAGUGAGCAUAAUUAGCCGUAAUAACAUUAGAGAAAAUGUUUUUAAAGAAGCCAGCUCAAGCAAUAUUAAUGAAGUAGGUUCCAGUACUAAUGAAGUGGGCUCCAGUAUUAAUGAAGUAGGUUCCAGUGAUGAAAACAUUCAAGCAGAACUAGGUAGAAGCAGAGGGCUAAAAUUGAAUGCUAUGCUUAGAUUAGGGGUUUUGCAACCUGAGGUCUAUAAACAAAGUUUUCCUGGAAGUAAUGGUAAGCAUCCUGAAAUAAAAAAGCAAGAAUAUGAAGAAGUACUUCAGACUGUUAAUACAGACUUCUCUCCAUGUCUGAUUUCAGAUAACCUAGAACAGCCUAUGAGAAGUAGUCAUGCAUCUCAGGUUUGUUCUGAGACACCUGAUGACCUGUUAGAUGAUGGUGAAAUAAAGGAAGAUACUAGUUUUGCUGAAAAUGACAUUAAGGAAAGUUCUGCUGUUUUUAGCAAAAGCGUCCAGAGAGGAGAGCUUAGCAGGAGUCCUAGCCCUUUCACCCAUACACAUUUGGCUCAGGGUUACCGAAGAGGGGCCAAGAAAUUAGAGUCCUCAGAAGAGAACUUAUCUAGUGAGGAUGAAGAGCUUCCCUGCUUCCAACACUUGUUAUUUGGUAAAGUAAGCAAUAUACCUUCUCAGUCUACUAGGCAUAGCACCGUUGCUACUGAGUGUCUGUCUAAGAACACAGAGGAGAAUUUAUUAUCAUUGAAGAAUAGCUUAAAUGACUACAGUAACCAGGUAAUAUUGGUAAAGGCAUCCCAGGAACAUCACCUUAGUGAGGAAACAAAAUGUUCUGCUAGCUUGUUUUCUUCACAGUGCAGUGAACUGGAAGACUUGACUGCAAAUACAAACACCCAGGAUCGUUUCUUCAUUGGUUCUUCUAAACAAAUGAGGCAUCAGUCUGAAAGCCAGGGAGUUGGUCUGAGUGACAAGGAAUUGGUUUCAGAUGAUGAAGAAAGAGGAACGGACUUGGAAGAAAAUAAUCAAGAAGAGCAAGGCGUGGAUUCAAACUUAGGUGAAGCAGCAUCUGGGUAUGAGAGUGAAACAAGCGUCUCUGAAGACUGCUCAGGGCUAUCCUCUCAGAGUGACAUUUUAACCACUCAGCAGAGGGAUACCAUGCAAGAUAACCUGAUAAAGCUCCAGCAGGAAAUGGCUGAACUAGAAGCUGUGUUAGAACAGCAUGGGAGCCAGCCUUCUAACAGCUACCCUUCCAUCAUAAGUGACUCUUCUGCCCUUGAGGACCUGCGAAAUCCAGAACAAAGCACAUCAGAAAAAGCAGUAUUAACUUCACAGAAAAGUAGUGAAUACCCUAUAAGCCAGAAUCCAGAAGGCCUUUCUGCUGACAAGUUUGAGGUGUCUGCAGAUAGUUCAACCAAUAAAAAUAAAGAACCAGGAGUGGAAAGGUCAUCCCCUUCUAAAUGCCCGUCAUUAGAUGAUAGGUGGUACAUGCACAGUUGCUCUGGGAGUCUUCAGAAUGGAAACUACCCAUCUCAAGAGGAGCUCAUUAAGGUUGUUGAUGUGGAGAAGCAACAGCUGGAAGAGUCUGGGCCACACGAUUUGACGGAACCAUCUUACUUGCCAAGGCAAGAUCUAGAGGGAACCCCUUACCUGGAAUCUGGAAUCAGCCUCUUCUCUGAUGACCCUGAAUCUGAUCCUUCUGAAGACAGAGCCCCAGAGUCAGCUCAUGUUGGCAGCAUACCAUCUUCAACCUCUGCAUUGAAAGUACCCCAAUUGAAAGUUGCAGAAUCUGCCCAGAGUCCAGCUGCUCCUCAGACUACUAAUACUGCUGGGUAUAAUGCGAUGGAAGAAAGUGUGAGCAGGGAAAAGCCAGAAUUGACAGCUUCAACAGAAAGGGUCAACAAAAGAAUGUCCAUGGUGGUGUCUGGCCUGACCCCAGAAGAAUUUAUGCUCGUGUACAAGUUUGCCAGAAAACACCACAUCACUUUAACUAAUCUAAUUACUGAAGAGACUACUCAUGUUGUUAUGAAAACAGAUGCUGAGUUUGUGUGUGAACGGACACUGAAAUAUUUUCUAGGAAUUGCGGGAGGAAAAUGGGUAGUUAGCUAUUUCUGGGUGACCCAGUCUAUUAAAGAAAGAAAAAUGCUGAAUGAGCAUGAUUUUGAAGUCAGAGGAGAUGUGGUCAAUGGAAGAAACCACCAAGGUCCAAAGCGAGCAAGAGAAUCUCAGGACAGAAAGAUCUUCAGGGGGCUAGAAAUCUGUUGCUAUGGGCCCUUCACCAACAUGCCCACAGAUCAACUGGAAUGGAUAGUACAGCUGUGUGGUGCUUCUGUGGUGAAGGAGCUUUCAUCAUUCACCCUUGGCACAGGUGUCCACCCAAUUGUGGUUGUGCAGCCAGAUGCCUGGACAGAGGACAAUGGCUUCCAUGCAAUUGGGCAGAUGUGUGAGGCACCUGUGGUGACCCGAGAGUGGGUGUUGGACAGUGUAGCACUCUACCAGUGCCAGGAGCUGGACACCUACCUGAUACCCCAGAUCCCCCACAGCCACUACUGACUGCAGCCAGCCGCAGAAACAGUGUUUCCCUAUGUUGCCCAGGCUGGUCUCACCUGGGUUCAAGUGAUCCGCCCACCUCAGCCUCCUGAAUAGCUGGGAUUACAAGUGUGAGCCACUGCACCAGGCCUGGAUUCUAAACUGUCAUUUGAGAGUUCACUUCGUUUCCCCACAAUACCUUCUCUGUGCCCCCAUUCCUGUCUCUCUGGUCUCCUGUUCCUGGGGCCUUCGUUUCCAUCAUUCUGUCUCCUGUGUCUAUUUUCUUUUUCUCUAUUUCUGUUCCUCUGUAUCUUUUCUUCUUGGUUUCCAGGCAGCUAGGAUAAUUACUAGACUUUUAAUUAACCCGUGCCCUAACAAAGGUGGGUCUGGCAUGAGAGGCAGCAAUUUAGCAAGUGUCUUGGUUUGUUUUGGGGAUAUGUGGGGAGAGAAAAAUAUGUGUUGGGGCCUAUUAUAAACCAGGCACUAAGACAGACACAUAAUACACUUUAUCUCAUUUCAUCCUUUCAAUCUUGCAAGGUCGGUGUUCUUAGAGACAAAAAGGGUGAGGCUCAGAGAGGUUAAGUUACUUGUGCAAGGGCACCCAGCUAGCAAAUUGUAGUUACCUGACUCCAAAACCUCUGUUCUUCCAUCUCACACCCUGGCACAGGGUCUAACUCAGGGUAAGGGGCUCAUUGAUUCCAGGCUCAAGGGAGGCACGAAGUUGCUGAAGGAGACCACUGUUUUGUUGCUGUCCUCUAGGCAGCGACUGCGUCCCCCCAGAGCCCCCUCCUUCUCUGAGCCCCUUCUGCAGGGUGGCGAAAUCUCACAAAUGCAAGCUUUUGCCCCCGGGGAGGUGGGGAGGCAGUGAUCAAGAAAGAAACCUGACAAACCCAGACCAACCAUGGGGGUCUCCCUCCUGUUAACAGCCCUCCCGGUGGUUCCCCGUCUGCCCCUCCCCUUUAUGGGUCAAGCCUGCUGGCGUCUGUGUCUGUUUCAUUGUGCUGUGGGGGAAGGGGAGAGUCAGGGGUGAGUGGGUGUCUGUGUGCAUGAACAUAAGGCCUCCGGGUCCAUUCUGACACUGAAUGAAAAACUCACCAAUUAUUCGUCCAGUCUUAUUAAUAUGCAGACAGACAUCUGUUAUUUAGGAGUCAACAGCAGAGGCAUUUUCUUGUCGGGAGGGGCACUAGUGUACAUGGUUCUCUUGUCUCUCCGCUGCUAGGGGGUAGCUACUCAGGAAUCAUCCCACACCUCCUGACCUGGAGCCUCCCCUCUCUCUGACCCUCACUCACAGCUUUGAGGACAGCAGGUAAGGGACUGACCAGACAGAGAUGGAGGGAGAUCUGGGAACCUGGCUGGAAGGAAGGAAGCAGGAGAGGAGCUGCCUUGUGUAGAACAAACUGAGAACAAAACGCUAAACCUUUUCCUGGGGAAGAGAAUGUGGAGUUGGGGGAGAGAGCUGUGCCAAGAGUAUCUGCCCCACUGGGAAUCUCAGGGACAUGACCCCUCCCCCCACACCUUCCUCAGCCUGCAGGACAAGUCUGAGUGCAUCUGAAGCAGGGAGAGGGUCACUAUGGCAACAUGAAGUCCUCACCCAGAGACUGCAGAAAAAGUAAUAAGACGAGUUCAGAAACAUGGAGACCAAGGGACCUCAAUCUUUGGAGGAGUCACUAAAGCUCUCUUCAGGCCCCAGGAUAGGUGUGGGAACAAGACAUAACCACCUCCUGCUUUCUGUCUUCUGUCUUCCUCCAGCCUUCAAGUCCCAGCACAAAAUACCCCUCCAAGAAGCCUUUCCCAACUCCCUCAGGCCCAGCUUAGAAGCACUUAAGCCUUGGUGUCUUGGUUGUAAAGAAUAAAAGUUGACAUCAGCUCAGCAACACAA